AUGCUGACUUUAACUCGCUUGGGAGCCCUCUUGGGGGCCCUAGCAUUGGCGCUCGUGCUCUACCAACGGCACUGGCACCACCCAGUGCCGCCAUGGGACCUCCAUCAGCUUCCCGCUAACCCCGAAGCUGAGAACGACUUGAAACGCCUUGGCCUCACGCCGAAGCCACUGGUGAAAAUCAUCGACGACCAGGGCAACCAACGUGUUAUCCAUGGCCGCUUUCUCCACAUCACCGAUUUCCAUCCCGAUAUCUACUAUAAGGAAGGCCUGCUGAUUCUGAACAUGUGCCACAGCGGCAAAGGCAGUGAUGGCGACAGGGCGCUGAAGUACGGCGACGCUGUGGUUGGCUGCGACGCCCCGUUAGCAUUAUUUAACGAAACCGUCCAGUACAUCAAGGAAAACUUUAAGGAUAAAAUCGAUUUCAUCGUGUGGACGGGGGAUAACAUCCGCCACGAUAACGACCGUGAUUUCCCUCGUUCCGAGGCCGCCAUCUUCCAGCUGAACGAAAUGGUGUCCAACGUCCUCUUCGACGCUUUCAAGCUGGAUAAGCUGUCGCUGCGAGCGCUCGACGUCGAUUUGGUGCCCAGUUUGGGUAACAACGACGUCUACCCGCACAACUUGUUUGCCACUGGUCCCACGCUUCAAAUCAGAGAGCUCUACCGGGUGUGGAAGGACUAUAUCCCCCACGUGCAAUUGCACACGUUCGCUCAGGGGGCAUACUUCUUCAAGGAGAUUAUCCCCAACCAGUUGGCAGUGCUCUCCAUCAAUACCUUAUACUUGUUUGACCUGAACCCGCUUACUGACGACUGUGACAGCCCCAAAGACCCUGGCUAUAAGGUGUUUGAGUGGCUUGGCUACGUGUUGAAGGAGAUGCGGGCACGCAAGAUGAAGGUGUGGUUAUCGGGCCACGUCCCUCCCAAUGAGAAGAACUACGACGUCACCUGUUUGAGAAAGUACGUGGUGUGGACUCACGAGUACCGUGACGUCAUCAUCGGCGGGCUUUAUGGCCACAUGAAUAUGGACCACUUUUAUCCGUAUGACUCCGUUAAGGCCUACAAGCUGAUUGACGAGGAUUUUGGUAAGCGUGACAUUGCCAGCUUUGUCAUUGACGAUGCCUCUGACUCCGACUCCGACUCUGACGAUGAAUUUGACAUUUUCGAUGUCCACAAUGAUACCGAGCCUUACGGUGCCACCAACUACUGGAAGGUGUUCAACGAAGAGUACGACAACGAGUGGUUCCGUAUUAAAGGAGGUGUGCCUUACAAUAAGGUCAACUAUAUGGAGCUGGUCCGUGAAGACGUUUAUGCCGAUGUUAAGAAAAAGAAGAAGUCGGGUAAGCAUGGCGAGCGGUACCUGGUGGCGCAAGUGGGCACGCUGAUUGUGCCGACAUUCAACCCUGGCUUCAGAGUCUACGAGUAUAACAUCCUGACGUUGCAUGAGCAGGAUGUGAAAUUUGUCAGCUGGGACGAGUUCUUCGCUGGUGUCAAUAAAGAAGUGUUUGGCCAAGAUCAGGUCGUCGAUUUCGGUAAAAAGAAGAAGAAGAUUGACAGAGAUGACAAGACGUUCCCUCCGAAAAUGCCGAAGAAGGCUCAGUUGGGUCCUGCUUAUACUCCUCAGUUGUUCACUCCCGAGCGCUAUGUCCAAUACUACCUUGACUUGGCUAGCGUCAACAACGGUAAGAAGAAGUUCGCCUACGAAAUCGAGUAUGCCUCGGAAGACGUCGGCUUAAAGACGUUGUUAGUUGACGAGUGGCUCAAAUACGCUCGUAAACUCGGUGCUCCUGUCAAUGCUGAUGAUGCUGACACUGAUACUGUGGAUACUAAAGGCAAGAAAAAGAAGGGUAAGAAAAAGAAGAAGGGGAAGAAGAAGAAGGGUAAGUUUGACGAAGAGAAGAAGAUGUGGGAGGACUACCUCAAACACUCGUUUGCGCUGUGUGAUUACGAAAACAUGGGCUACGGUUAG